AUGAAUAAAGGAAAGAUAAUGAGAAAGUUGCUUGGUCAAUCUGCCACUACUACUGCUAUUGAGGUUUCCGACACCAAUAACAUUGACUCGCCUCAACUUCGUCCGACUGCUUCACAGGGCACCAUCUACUCAGCAGGCGCACCACUUACAUGUCUCGGUCGUUCACCCGAUGGUUCACGCGCUAUUGUAGCUGGUCCGAAAGUCUUCAAGAUUGUUAAGACAGAAGGGUCGACAAUCACAGAAGAUAUUGAUCUACGUGCAUCGAUAUCUCUAUAUGCAGCAGCGCAUGACGGGGCAGCAGCUACCGCAGAACAACUUAAUAUCAGAGCCGUUCGAUGGUCUCAUACACAAUUCAGCUCUACAAUCGUAACGGCCGGUGGAAAUGGAAGAAUAACCGUCUAUGAUCUCAAUCGCGCUGGAGGGGAAGGAUUCGAGGUUGCGCGGAUUCAGGAACACGCUCGGCAGGUUCACAAGCUUGCGAUCAAUUCAUUCAAAGGGAACUGGUUGUUAUCAGCCAGCCAAGAUGGAUCGGUUAAGUGUUUCGAUUUGCGUGACACUCGUCGAAGCGUAGCUACCUACAAAUGUAACGCAGAUGCUGUAAGGGAUGUCAAAUGGUCUCCAACGGAUGGCAUGGAGUUUGCAUGCUCUACGGAUGCUGGGAUUUUACAAAAGUGGGACUUCAGGAAGGCGCAUGCUCCCAUGAUGAAGAUCACUGCUCAUAACAGUGCUGUCUUCUCAAUCUCAUGGCACCCGGAUGGAGAUCAUAUUGUAAGUGGAGGCAAAGACCAGCAAUGCCAUGUGUGGGACAUGUCGAGGUCGGAGAGGGGUCAAAGGGCCCGAUAUUCAUUUACUACUCCCGCGCCCAUCUCAAAUGUCUGUUGGAGACCUGCUUGUUGGACAGCCACAGGUCAAGGGAAAAGAGUUGCCCAGGUAGCCGUUUCUUAUGAUGAUACCAGUGCUAAUAGAGCCCAAUUCUCAACGGUACAUCUAUGGGAUAUUGCUAGAUCGGCCAUGCCAUUCAAGGAAAUUGAGGUAUCAAAUAACGCACCAACAGGUAUUCUUUGGAGUACUCGAGAUCUUUUAUGGAGCGUAGAUAAGGAAGGACACUUUGUACAGACAGAUGUAGCAUUUUCACCAAAGGUCAUCGAUCGUCGGAGUUUAUCAACAUUUUCUUUCUCCCCUGCAGGCGAUUUGUUGAUGUUGCUUGAGGAACGACAAGCGCCUAAACGAACUCGGCCUUCUAUUAAUUCUCCAGAGUCGUCUUCGAGCUUUCAACAGCAUCCAAAUGCCCCGUCCUUUGCUAUUAGUCAUAGUGACUCGGAGGAGGACGUUGUUGGCAGUUUUCUAGGCCCAAGAAGGCGACAACAUCUCCGAAGGCGGCAUAGUGGACGACUCACGCAGAAUCUGAGCACUACUCCACCCAAUGCGACAGGAAUGGCUGAUAGUAGAGUGAUGGGAUUAGAAGAAGCUGUACAAAUUACCGGCAUAUAUAAGCCUCAACAAAUCAUGGCUAUUGGUCAUGCUCCUUCAACGCCAAAGCGGUCGAAAUAUCAAUAUAUGACCAAUUGCUAUUUGGAAUACAUGACGAAGAACGCGAGUGAAACAGCCGAAAAUACUCCUUUGAAUGUCAUCAUUUCAGCGACUAUAGAGCACUUUGCUAAUGGUGCCGAGAACGCCAGAUAUUACCGGCUGGCUCAGACUUGGAGACUUCUCGGUUUCACGAUGGAUCUUUUGUUAGUUAGACGUGCAGAAUUCCAUCGCCAGCAUAGACUACAAAGUCACUCGCAAAAGGACGGGGGGCCAAAACGCAUCAGCAGCUCUGCGAGACUCAAUGAAGAGCACAAUGAGUCAAAUGAGAGGACUCCCCGGAAGAGUCAACGACCGAUUGCCCCAAGCGAAGUGGCCAUUCAUCCAGCCGUGAGGUCAAUCAUUGCGGAUGAGAUUGAAAGUACUUCGAACAUGACAACGCCACUUGUACGUCCUGUUAUGGAUUCUAUUGCAGAAAUGACAGAAGCAAUAGAUACACCAUUGGUAGAAAUUGACACUUUGGUACUUCCACCCCCGGUCACCUCAACAAUUCGUGAACCAAUACCAGUACCAGUACCUGGAAGUUUCAUCUCCGAGCAGACGACAUCAAGUAUAGAAGGGUAUGACUUUUAUGGUAUGGACGCCUUCAAGCCAGCCGCCGACUUUGUCCCGCCUAAAAAACAACCCCUUCGUUUAGACUAUUCGGAACAAAACAGUUACGCUCAACGAAUGGGACUUACUCGUCAUGAUUCUGGGGAGAGCUUCCAGAUGUUUUCAACAUCAAAUGAGUCUCAAUCCAAAUACUUGGGCGGUGGUUCGGAUAGCGAUGCUCAUAGUGUGAGGAGAGAUGAUAGCUUGCGAGAAAGAGUCUCUAGUUGGGAAGGUAACGUCGUGUCGCAUUCUAAAGCCUCAUCUAGCCUCAACUCUCGCCCAUCAGAAGAUUCCAUGGAGAAAAUCCCCGAAGAGUUGCCCAAGAUGGUAAAUCCAGAUCCAGUAAUUCCUUCACCCCAGACCCACCGCAAACGCCCACCAACACCAAUAACAAUCAAAUCCGCCUUCGAAAACGAUUCCCCUAAUCCAAACCUAAUCGAAACAGAUUUCCUCCCCUGGCCCAACGACAAUGAUACCGAAUUCGUCAUACCCCCGUUAAACCCCAUCACCCUCGUACAACGCGCCAUCGAGUUCGAAACUCAAACCGGAGCUUUAAAUGCAGCUGCAAUGGUCCUCCUCCUUCGACGUCUCCUCCCUCCCGAUACAAUUGAUCCAAUCCACGCCGAAGCCAUUCUCCGCCAAUAUAAUCAUCGACUCAUGAGCAUGCAACUUUUCUAUGAAGCAACUCUUCUUCGGAACCUUUGCGUCCCACUCUAUCCCUCAAUCUAUGCACCUGCACAGGAACAAGUCAGUGUCGGCUUCUACUGUACAGAGUGUAACAAACCCCUUGAAAAUGAUCCGCUAGUUCCUGGCUCCGAAUGGUCUUGUCCACGUUGUCGAAAACCGAUCGCGGCGUGUCCGAUUUGUCAACAUCGGGAUGAUAUACCAGGAAUGGAAGGCGUGCAGACAUGGUGGUAUUGUGGCGGUUGUGGACAUGGGGGACAUACAGCUUGUAUAACUGAGUGGCAUGCGGAUGCGGGGGAUGAAUGGAAAGAGGGUGAGAGGUACAGUGGGGGCAUGUGUCCGUUGGAGGGGUGCAUGCAUCCGUGUUUGGAAGGCAAAUGGAGAGAAGAAUUAGUGGAGGAGGGGAAAGAGAGGAGAGCGAGAGAGUUGGAGAGAGAGGUUAAGGAACGGACUGGUGGAGCGGGGAUAGGGGGUUUUGGUAGAUGGGAUAGGGGAAAUAGUGUCAGGAGGGAUGCUAGGGAGGUAGGACAAAGCAGGGCAGUAGAGGGAGUUAGGGUAGCGUUAGGUUUUGGUGGAGGAAGCGGAGGCACUGGGCCUGCAGUAGAGAGAAGAAGAAGCGUCAAGAUAUUGGCGCCUGGUGAGGAGAAUAUACAGUAA